AUGACCUCCAUCGCACCGUGCAAUGACCCAUUACCCGACGACGAAGGGUGCCAAUUACUAGAUGGAUUUGCCAUUCUUAUUCAAGUCUUGCUGGCGUCCACUGCUUUAUUUACACUUGUUUACAAGCGAAGUCGUGAACGGCCGCAGCGUCCGGUGUCUAUCUGGGCAUUGGAUGUGAGCAAGCAGUUUAUAGGAUCGUUCGUUAUCCAUUUUUUGAAUUUGGCUGUCAGUUAUCUGGCGGGCCGACCUCAUCGGGGCCCUCGGACCAAUCUAUGUGUUUGGUAUUUCCUCAAUGUUGCCGUUGAUACUACAUUGGGCGUAUGUAUUCUGUGGGCAUGGUUACACGCAUUACAAUGGGUUUUGGAACGCUUGCAUGUCACCUAUGUGAGAACGGGACAUUACGGCCCCCCACCCUUACGUCGUCGUCUCGGACCAUGGUUCAAACAAACAUUAAUUUUCGUGGCGGCGGAAGCUCUGAUGAAGUUUUGUGUUUACGUCAUGUUCCGAGUCUUUCCCAUUCUGUUCGAAUUGGGCAGUUGGGUCCUCAAGUGGACCAAAGACAAUUACAGAUAUCAAGUGGUGUUUGUUAUGCUAAUAUUUCCGCUUAUCAUGAACGCUAUGCAAUUCUGGAUCGUCGAUACAAUUGUUAAGGUAACACCGCCACGUCCCAACAAUCUUACUACAAGAGACGAUGACGACGAACGGGCCCCCUUGUUACCCGAGUAA